AUGUCGCAUACAAGUGACGUGACUUUUUUAGCUCGCGCGGUUUUUACAGUAUGGACUUUUAUUUGGUUCUUACAGCAUGUCUGGAAUAUCGAUCGUUUCAAAGCAUUAAAAUGGCGACGCAUAAAAAAAUUCGAAUUGAAAUCAGCAAUCACAAUAUUAUUAUUAUUGAUGUUGCCAUUACAAGCAUUUUAUGAUAUUUCAACUUCUGUAAUAAAAUACAGAGAAGGCUUUUUCUUGAAUCCGUUGAAUGGCGAAAUUGUUUCCAAACCUCAUACAUUUUGGAGUGAGGAAAAUAAAGCAUUAAUGUUACCCACGGAUUAUAUUCUUUGUGCAAGUUUCAGUGUUCAAACAUGUUUAUUAUUUUUGCUUCAAUCAUUUUGGAAUUAUCUUGCUAACAAUCUUGCAAAGACUACAUUCAUGGGAAGCUUCGAAUUUAAAUCAUAUAUUGUCUAUUCAAUCUUUAGCAUCUCGAUAUUUCCAAUCUUACAAUAUGUAUUUCGUGAAAGCGAUUUAUUGACCGAAGUAGUUCCUCAAUUAACCUAUUCGAUAUUCAUGAUCCUUAUUUGUAUACUGGGUAUAAGAUCACACUGGCGUUUCAGUAAAUUAUUGAGAGUCACUAAAAAUUCUAGUACUGCACGAACCAGCAUCGUUUCUAAGCUAACCUAUUUUAGAGAUAUGAAUCGUUAUUUAACAUUAGCUCUUUUCAUUGGCUCUAUUUCAUUGGCUACAUUAAGUAUUGAUGGUCUCACAUCUGCGAAAUGGUUGAAUACCUCCGAAGAAGAUUGUGUUAAAUUAAAACAUUCGCCAAGUCCCUGGUCAUCACAACAAUCACGUUCAGCUAACGAUGUUGUCAAUAGUAGCUACUAUAUAGAUAUAAAAGAUGAUUCAACGGUUGUCAAUAUCAACGGUAGUGGCAAUAAUAGUCAUAACAAUAGUAAUAGUAAUUAUUAUAUCCAUGACAACACUGAUAUUAAUAUUAGUAGUAAGCAGUUGAAGAAAUGCAUUAAACAAAUAAGAUCAGAUUCAUUAGACGUUAUUUCCCCACCACCAAUAACUCCUCCUAAUGUUAGCAAACCUUACCAACAAUCUCCACUUAAUCCGAAAAGAUCGGAUAAACCAGAAUCAUUAAAAACAUCUCUUCCCCCUAUCACUAUAAGAGCUAGGUCGGGUAGUUCAUCAAAUGUUAUAGAAUCAAAUAACGUACGGAAAAGUGCAAUAAAUAGAAAUCGAUCAAAUAGCACAAAUACUUUGAAUAAUAGUAAUAGUACUCUGAUCGGCGGUGGUACGAGCAGGAUAUCCGGAAGUGCAAGUAGCACUAAAGGUAAUACAAGUAGUAGAGGUGGUGAUGGUGUUAAAGGAAUAAAUACAUUUGGAAGAAGUAGAUCAAGCAGUAACAGUAGUGCCAGUUCAUCAGGAAUGCUGCUUCCCUCAUAUGCACUAGUACCUACAUCAAUAACACCCACAGGAAGGAUUAAUCAAUGGAGUUUGAAGGCGUUGGUUGAUGAAAAGACAUAUAAUGGAGUUACUAAAUAA